AUGUCCGACCCAACCCUUUACCUCUACACCUCGCUCACCGCGGGGUCUUCUCACAUCAUCACCGCAACCUCCCGCAUAGAAACUAUCCUCAAGGCGAACAAGCUCCCCUUCCGAGCCAUUGAUGUCGCCACAGACGAUGCCGCCCGCAAAUUGUGGGGUCGCCGUUCCAAGGGCAAGAAGCUGCCUGGCCUGGUCAAGUACGGCAACAUAGUCGGAGAUCUGGAAGAAAUCGAAGAGUGGAACGAAUUCGGCGAGUUGCGCCAGGUCGUCAGAGACGCCCCAGAUCUGGACGGCAUGCCAGCGACUAGCUACCCGAUCGCGCCAGAAUCCACCCCCAAGGAGCCCGAGCCCAAGACCCCUAAACCUUCUACGAUCAAGAUCCAAUCCCCGCCUGCAAAGACCAAUCCCGAAGAGAAGAAAGAUGAAACCGCCGUUCUAGCCCUGCGGCAGGCCAGCUCUGAAGCUGCAUCCAAAGCAAAGAGCAAAGCAGAGAAUGACGCGACCGCAAAGAUUGAUAUGAAGGAGAGCGAUUCUACCAGCCGUACCAUCCGGCCGCGCAAGGGCUCCGUCGCGCCUGAAAUGCCUGAUACACAGCCCGAUUCACCCAAGGGACUCAAGAGGCCUCCUCUCGUUCCUGAAGUCGCGGCCGUCUCAAGUGCGAACUUCCAUGCGGAUAAUGCUGAGAUGCUCGGUCUUGUAGAACAUCAUCGCGGGUCGAUUAUUUCGAUGGCGGACAAGGACGAGCAGGAUAAGGUUGUGAAGGAGAUUCGAUUGUCUAUUUCGGCAGAGGAUCCAUCUGGGUCGUUAGAGGCUUUGCGGAAGGAGGCUGCCGGAAAGGCGCGACCGAGCGAGACCAUUGAGGAGAUUCCUGUUGUGGAGGAGACCAGCGAGGUCGAGCCUGAGGCUGAAGCUAAGGAGGAAAAGAAGACUGCUACCGAGGCUAAAGAAAAUACUGAGGAUCCGACCAAGGAGAAGGAAGCUGGAGAGCUCAAUGAUACUGCGACUGAGACGAAGGACGUCUCCGGGAGCAAGGACAAGGCCGAGGCUGAGGCUGCUCCUGCGGACGCUGCGGAGGGCACGGAGACUACGUCAGCGACCGUGUGA